CUGACCAAUCACAUCUUAACACAUCAUCAACAAUGACAUGACAAUUUUUUUUUUUGUAAACAUUUUAAAAAGACAAGCAUUUACCUUAGUUUGUCACAACAAUUAAAAGUAUACAUUACAUUUGUUUGGUGAAAAUGAAAAUGAAAAUGGAGUGGAGUGGCAUUUUGUUAAUUUUGUCUGUUGUUUUUGCAGUUUGUACAGCAGAAAAUGAAAAGGAACAUGUGUUAACAUUAGACCAUACAAAUUUCACUGACACUGUCACCAAACACAACUUUAUUGUUGUUGAAUUUUAUGCCCCUUGGUGUGGACACUGCAAGAAACUAGCUCCUGAGUAUGAAAAAGCUGCUUCAAUUUUGAGUAGUAAUGAUCCUCCAUUAGUUCUAGCUAAAAUUGAUGCAAGUGAUGAUGCAAAUAGAGAACUUGCAAUGGAAUAUAAGCUUCAAGGUUUCCCAACUAUUAAAAUCUUGAGAGAUGGAGCAAAGAAAGUUCAAGAAUACAAUGGUCCUCGCGAAGCAGAUGGCAUUGUUUCUUAUUUGAAGAAACAAGCUGGUCCUGCAUCGAAUGAAAUCAAGUCGAAAGAAGAUGCUGCAACACUUAUCGACGAGAAGAAGAUCACUGUUGUUGGUAUAUUUCCAGAACUCUCGGGGGAGAAAUUUGAGAAGUUCAUAGCGUUAGCUGAAAAACUACGAGCUGAGUAUGAUUUUGCACACACUGUUGAUGCCAAACUCCUCCCUCGGGGCGAGCCAGUUGAUAAGCCUACUAUUCGUCUCCUUAAGCCAUUCGAUCAACUCUUUAACGAUUUUGAGGAUUUUGAUGUUGAUGCAGCGGAGGAGUUCAUCCAAGCAGCUAGUGUUCCUAUUGUCACCAUUUUCGACAAGGAUCCAGAAAACCAAGUUUAUGUUAGCAAAUUCUUUAAUAGUCUCAACGCAAAGGUGCUGCUUUUCGUGAACUUUAGCACCGAGCUCGAUGCUUUUAAGUUGUAUAAGGAUGUCGCGAUAUAUUACAAGGUGGAUGGAUUGCGUUUUCUAUUGGGAGAUGUUGAAGUUGGUACAGCUGCUUUCAAUUACUUUGGACUGAAGCCUGAACAAGCACCUCUCAUCGUAAUAAUGGCCAACGAAGGCGAAAAGUAUAUCAACACACAUGUUAAACCUGAUGCUAUUCCUUCAUGGUUGAAGGAUUACAAGGAUGGUAAGUUGAAGCCUCACAUAAAAUCAGAACCGAUCCCUGAGGUUAAUGACGAACCAGUGAACGUGGUUGUUAGGGAUACCCUUCAAGAUUUGGUUCUCAACUCGGACAAAAAUGUACUGCUAGAGUUCUACGCGCCUUGGUGUGGCCACUGCAAGGCACUAGCUCCAAUCUUGGAUGAAGUAGCUUUGUCAUUAGAAGAGGAUUCCGAUGUUCUCAUUGCAAAACUUGAUGCAACUGCAAAUGACAUCCCUACGGGUGAAUUUGAAGUUAAAGGAUUCCCAACUCUAUACUUCAAAUCUGCUUCUGGUAAUAUAUCCCAGUAUAACGGCGACAGAACAAAAGAAGCCAUCAUUGAGUUUAUUGAGGAGAAUCGCGAUGAGCCUGCUGCUCAUGAAUCGGAAUCUGUCAAAGUUGAUACCACCACCACACCAGAUUCAGCAAAAGAUGAGCUAUAAGUAGGUAAUCGCGAUGAGCUUUGUUUCCAUGUAGGACUCAAGUUUUGCUGCUGUUUUACUUUAUCUUUUAUGUUAAUCUUGAGUUUUGUUGCUUUUUUAGUUCAGUAAAAUGGUUGUGUCAUGUAUUAGAAUCAAAUCACAAAUCCUCAACUCAACAUUAGUAGGGAACUCAAGAUAUUUAAUACUUCCCAUGACAAACUUCAACUUUUGCUGACUA